UUUUUGGUAUCCUUUUGUUACAGAUAAUUGUCGCAUUGGUACCUUAUAUGAUUUGAAAGCAUAUUUACCCGCCAAUGGCCGCCACCGACGACCUAGCCUGGACGACGACGCGCUGCAACCGUUUACUUCGACCGCUUUCUACCAAACUCGCAAAGCUUCGAAAAGAGCUCGAAAGGCCACGGAGUGCAGACGGAGAGCCGCGAAAAGCCUCCAAUGGCUUCGUGCUCAAAGCGUCGCCGCGCAGGUCCGCUAACUUCUCGCAGACAGUGCGUCAGCCUCGAGGCGCUGAUAAGGCGAGCGAUCGAGACUGGGUGCCGGCUGUAAAAUGCGGAGGCGCAAACAAGAAGACUUAUGGCGGACGUGGAGGGAAGAAGACCGCGGGCAUACAACGGGUCGCUUCGGAGAGCAGCAAUGUUGGGCGACCCGGGGAAAUCGCAAUCACGCCCCUCAUCGCGCGGACGGGAGGUCGCUUCCAGGAAAGCCCUCAGUUUAAAGCUUCGCCGCUGAGAAAGUAUGCGAAGAAUCGGGGUCCUUUGAUCAAGGCGGAACAAAUACACCAGAUCAAGAAGCAGGUGCCAGCUGACAUCGCAAACUUAAUUAAGGGCUUAUCGGAGGCCUACGCGAACCUGCUGCAGGCGACAACAACAGGCGAGGAGAAAAGAUGGAAGGGAACAAGGUCGCUAUUUGGUGCUUGUUUAAGGAAGGUCCCGGAAUAUAUUGAACUGGAAGAGCACUUCGCAGCGCUCGAUAAGGAGGAGGAGGAGGAUGAAGACGAGGAUCGAGACAUCUCCCAGGAGAUCUACACACAUCUCGAGGCACAGUUCGAGACACUGGCAGGCCAAGGCUGGCGACCGUUCAAGCAGAUUGUGCGGGCGCAUGCAACGUCGCUACUGUGCGAUGCUGUUGCGGAUCAAAUCCUCGGACUAGAAACCCUACAACUCUUGGUUUCGCAUUGCUUGAAUAUCUCCGCCUGGGACGAAGCUGAGAGAUUUCUCUGGUCCCUUCUUCCCAGACUCAAGCCACUUUACAUGCCGAACAGUCUCCUAGCCAAUCUUUUUGAUGAACAGAGGUCGCCCUAUAUGUCGAUGGUCAAAGCCUUUGUGGAAGUUACCGGACGACACCGCUUCCUCUACGACCUCCUGGAAUACAUGAUAUCGCAGGAGCUACUCCCUCUAGAGUGGCUUGCGACCGAGAGCAUGCGGUCCGUAUGGGAUCGCUUGGUUCGCAGCUUGUCCGACGGAGACCAGCGAACAACCCGGAACGCCUUCCGCUUCCUGGAGACUGCCAUUUGCGCCGGGAUGGGUCUGCCCGAUGAAAGCCUCUUCAAGGAUGGCGAAGUCGACAUUAUUUCGAAACAGCUCAAGCCGUCGUCGAGACAGGAAUUCCGCAAUGCUUUAGACACAACCUACUCCAGCCUCUUGACAGUCUUUUGCAGCAUAGCUCUGGUCAACCGCAACCGCGACGAGGCUGCAGGUGAAGGCACGGUGCAGCGGAUCACCUGGGUCUUGGACUCAAUCCUUGUAGGUCUCAUGAAGCGAAACGACAUCCGGGAAGAUCUGGAGCUUCUUGAUCCUAUCGCGGAAAACAUGCAAACGUUCGCCCAACGAGCCGUGUGGGCAUCGUUUGCCCCCUUCCUAGUCCAUCUUGCGGGUUGUCGUGCGGACGCAAGCAUGCUAUCGCUCGACGUGCCUACGUUAGCGGUUGCGAUCAAUUGGAUCGCAUCACAAUUCCCCUCGAAGGGUAUUGAGUUUUCGUCGAUUCUCGCCACACUUCCAGAAUUCAUCUCAUCUGCAGCACGCGGCACUGGUAGGAUCUGGAAAGAUGACGGCUUCGAUCAGCUUCAACGUCUUGUUCAAGGGCUACUUUCCCUCUCUGGCCUACGAUUACCGCACAAGCUCUGGACUAUCAAACGACUGGCACUUGAGUCAGCCAUGGACUUCGCUCACAGCACGAGGAAUGCUGAGCACAUGGCCUACGCGAGAGAAGUCGAGAAAACGAUGCGAAUGAAAGGCCACGUUGUCAUCCAGCAUUCGCCGCUGAAAAAUGGCUCGCCAUCUACCGCAGGUGGCUUCAAGUGGGAAGAAGGCAUCGGCGAAUGGGUAGCUUGCACGCCAUUCGCGAAGCAGGACGUCAAACGCACACCGCGGAAGCCGGUGCGAGCUCUUGGGCUGUUGUUAGCUACAGAAGCAUCGCGAGACGAGUGCGAUGUGGGUGCCACGAAAGCGCCGGAUGGAGGGGACCUGCCCACGGUACCCGAGUCGUACCAUUGGGAAAUUAACGUCCUAACUGACGAUGACGAGGAUGGUGACUUGCCACAGUCCUCUCCUGUCAAGAAAGCCCCGUAUAUGCCUGUUUCACCACCCGGGAAACGUACACGCACAUCUUCGCCUACGGUCGUGAUUCCCGUGAAACGAAACCGCUUGACGCCGCCCGUCUCGCCCGUCAUCUUCUAUCCCGAGCUGCCCAGAGAGCCAGACGGGCCACGGAGGUCUCGUCGAUCGCGAAAGGAGAUCAGUGCCCUCGUUCCCGCCCUCCAUUCUCGGCGUUCGAAAUGGGCACUAGAGAGGGGUUUACGGAAUCUGGAGCGAAAGACAUACGAAGAGGUUAAGGACAUCAAUGUCAACCUAGCCGUCACCGAAAUCGAUGAAUUCGACCAGAAUACUUCCUUCUCGUCAUCGUCCUCAAUCGGCAAUCAAGAUGCGGAACGGCGAAGCACGCGGUCAAGGUUUUCCUUGGGGAAGAGGUCAAGGCGAGGGGCUGAAGAGGACGAAGAAGACGAUAGAGACGAACUGAGCAAGACGCCGGGGCUGAAGAAGAGGAAGAGUAUUAGAAACAUGGUGAAGCGUCGACGGGAGUGGUGGCGAGUAGACAGUGGAACCGCCGAAGGAGCAGAGAGCGACGAGUUGAGCUUUCAGUAAUGGGUCGGCUACACUCGAUACGAGCAUACUGCAGCGUUCGGGGCGCGACAGUACCACUGCGGUCUGGGCGGUUUCUUGGUGGUUAACGUGGAUGAUAC